GGCUUUGCUCUGACACUUUGAAGCGGCACCGCGCGCCGUGCGGUACUCCGCGUCAUCCGCGCUUCAUUUUCUACCCUCCCCUCCACUACCGCCGACUCCGUGGCGACAUCCUGAGUCGGAGCGCCGUGCUCGUCCGGAUUCGAGACACCGAGCACAACGCGAGCUCUUUCUUGUUCGGAGCUGAAAAUGAGUGAGGUGAAUAAUACUCAGCUGGACCUUGAGAAAGGAUUUUCUCAAGUGUCUCAUGAUAAUGAUUCGAGUAGCCCUGUAACGGUGCACAAGAUGAAAGUUGAGACAGAAGGUGGAAGUGAAAUCGAAUCACCCACUCCAGAAAAACGUGAAUCUAGAAGCAAAGGGGUCGUUGUGAGUUCACUGGCAAGGAAUUUGCUUGCAGAGAGGUACAAAGACAGACUUGCAAAUCAGCUGGUGGAAGAUGAGAGUGAGACAGAUGAUGAAGACUAUAAUGAAAGUGUUUCGCCUAGUGGUAGCCGAUCUCUUUUUUUAGAAAGCAUUGAACUUCUUGAGAAACACAAGGAUUUGCUGAAUCUUUUCAAUAGAAUGGAGAGUUCUAUAAGAUUGCUUCACCUACGGAAGAAGAUGGCUACAUUUAAUAAUAUUGCCACCCAGGUGGAGAUACUCACAAAAAGGAAGUUAUUAUACAGCCAUUUGGCCCAGAUGAAGCAUUUGUUCCCAGAAGCAAUCCAGAUAAAGAGGAUACUAGUACAUGACGAGAAGAGCAUAUGCAUGUAUGCUGAUAUGGAAAUCACACUUGUAAUGGAUGUUGUGGAAUGCACAAGCCCUGAUCACUCUCUAUCCAUGACAAUUUGUGAGGCUUUUUACUCAAAGCUUUUGAGAUUUUUGGAUGCUCAUCAUAAGGGUGCAGACAUUCCUGAGGCAAUCCUACCGGAACCCUUUAACUCAAGGCCAAGGGAGAAGUUAUAUCUUGAGGCAGUACAUAACGGACAUGCUGCUGAGCCACCUCUGCAUGGUGCCGUUGAGGAGGGAUUCUCAAAUGCUUCCCACUUCCCACAAUCUUUUCAAAAAUUCAUGUCGAAAAAAAUCAUUGCUGAUGGAACUGAAAAGACUCAAUUGCUAUCCGACCCAGCAGAACUGAGCUCUGUGAGUGCUUAUGGUACAAAAGGGUCAAACAGAAACCCUAAAAAGCAAGAUGAACAUGCUCCAGUUCCAGUGAACUCUGAAAUUUCUGCUACUCCAAGCCGCCAUUUGAUCUCUUGUUGUCAAGAGAGUACGCCAAAACAACAGACCUCAGAGUCACCAUUGUUGUCUGGAACACCUGCAAUGCAGACACCAAAAAGGCCAUUGCUGGCUCCGCUUGAGAAACCCAAGGCCACAUGUGGACACAUUAGUGAACCACGUUCAGCCAGUUCUGCCCGCAGAUCACUAAAUACAUCCUUAACAUAUGAAGGAGGAAGCCCUUCUUAUUAUGAUGGAAUGGAACAUACGGCUACAGCUAAAAAGUGCAUGAUCUCAGAAGACUUGUCAAGUUUUAACAAGUCAUUUGAGGAAGAUAGCCAUGUCUUCUUUACUGAUAAAGACAAAAUCAAUGAAGUGGAGUCAGUGGAUAGCCAGGAAAGGAUAGCUUCUCUACGUACCACAUUUGACAUUGUCUAUGAUAUUUCUCAUUCUACCAAGAAUCCACUUAUCACGAAACAGGAACUUUUCCACAAUAUUCUUGCCAACAACUUGGAGAUAGAAGAGAUUGGGGAGAUAGAAGAGCAGCUGCAUAUUUUAGAGGAUCUGGCUCCCGAUUUGAUAUCAAAGAAGGUGAUAAAUGGAGGAGAAAUACUUUAUAGCAUCGAACCUAUAACAGAUAAGAAUUCAGUUCGGGCUAGGCUUGUAGUAGAACCUGUAUGAGAUAGCUGCAAUUGGUUCAAAGCUGAAGAAAUUUGAAGAGAUUCUCUAUAUGCAUGUACCACUAAUGGAACCCAGAUUAGCUGAUUUAUUCAACCAUGGAAGCAUCUGCAUCGCUCAUGUAGUCAUGUCUGAUUCGAGUUCAAAUCUGUGUUUUUAUUGACCUGCUCAGUGCCGAAAUUUCUAUGGAACUUAAAUUCGCACCAGCUGCUCUGUGAGCUUACUGUGGUAAUCCCAUGAACUUGUGUGGAGUUCAGAUGCCCAUCGGCAUCUGCUCUGUGACGUUUAACUCAUGAAAAGUGCACAAGAAUAUUUAUUCAAUAUUCAAUAAUGACAUAUAUACAUCCUC